AUGGAAAAUUAAAAGCAAUCUCACUCAACAAACUAACAAUAGCAACCAAUAAAGCAUUAGCAUCAGUCAUAACAUCAAAGGAUAGUAUAGUUGCUGGAACCACCUUAGCCAUUACAUCAAAGUGAAUUUGAUUAUUAUCCUCAUGAUGUUAACUAAAACUUUCAAAAAGUCUACUCAAAAAUAUACGAAUCUUUUAUCAAACUUCAUAGAAAAAGUUUCGCAAUAAACUUUGUUAGCGAUUUAUUUAAUAAGAUUGAUGUGAAGGAGAUUAGGUUUUAAUACGAGAAGUUUCCUUUUGAAAUUAAGGAGUUAAUAACAAGAUUUAAGGUAGAAGAAAUAGAUAAUGGUUCACUAUCUGGAUUUGAAAGUGAGGAACAUCACGGGGGUCGAAAGAGCUUACUAUCAAGUUAAGGAAUAGAUAUUCUGAGUUUAGAUGGACCUAGAUAAGUUAUACUUAGGAAAGACAAAAAUUUGACAAAGAAACAACUUAAAGAGAUGAUCAAAGAAAAAACAAGACUAGUAACUGAAGCUUAGACUGAACUUGAAUAGUAAAAAAAUGUAGUUAAUGAUCUAAGAAUAACAUGCUGGAAAGAUAUCAACCAUCUUAGAGAGCUACUAUAUAAAAAGGAGAAGCUUGGUGACUAGUUUAAAGAGAUCGAUGUUAGAUAUUUUGAUCUGACAGAAGGAUUACCUAAAUAAUACCAAGAAAUUAUGAAUUUAAAGAUCCAAGAGAUGAAGUAAGGUUACUAAAAAAUACUUAGUGAUCUUGCUAGUUCAAAUGAAGCUCUUUACAAAUAAGUUGCAAUUUUAGAUAUGAUCAAUAAACAUGGCAUAAAAUUUAAAGAUAUGAAUGCAGAGCAUCUUAUUUCCCGACUCUAUCGUAUUUAAAAAGAUCCUUAACUUAUUUGGAAUGUAUUACAUCAAUUUUAUGGUGAUGACUAUUUCAUAGAAUUAAUUGAGGAUGAAUACGGUAUCAGUCCUUAAUCAUAUGAGAAGCUAUAGGAAUAAAUGAUAGAAUCAAUAAAUGAGUUCUAAGAAUAAUCUAAGUUUAAGAUUAAAGAACUUAAAGAUCAUUAUGUAAUUCAAAUUUAGCACUUAAGAAAAGAACUGUAAACAAAAAAUGAAGAAAUUGGUAAGCUUAAUAGGGAGGUUACCUAAGUAAUUGCCAAAACAAAAAAAGAAACAGAGGAGGAACUUGAGGAGCUCUUUAAAUAAAAGGAGAUUAAUCUUUUUAAUAGAUAUGAUAAUGAAAAGCAAGAACUAUACGAUAGAUUGAGAGAGUUAGAGUAAACUUGCGAGGACUUUGAAUAAACUAAGGCUAAGAUAAAGUAAAAAGCUUUUUUCACAAAGUGGAUAUUCUUCUCUCAAUUACAUAGGAUAAAAGGAUCAAGGGAUGAAACAAGAUAACAACUGGCCGAGAGAACAGAAAAAAUGUUAAUUGAAAGAGAAAUGAAAAGCCAGAAGAUAAGGAAGUUAGCAGAAGAACAUUAUGGAUACAAAGAGGAGAUAUUUAGAGUUUAAAAUGAACUUGCCACUCUUAAAUAUGAAUUUGCUGUAAAAAAUAAAGAAUUAAUGCUUUUAGUUGAUGAAGAAUACUAAUGA